UAGAUUCUAGAUCUAGAAUCUAAAUAGAUCUAGAUCUAUGUCGGCUGAACGCUAAACCCAUUUUCACAAUCUAGUUUUGGUUUUGUGACAAAAUAAAAAGAAUUUGAAGGGAAAAUUCUCUAUGUUUAACAUAGAUAGAUCUAGGUCUAGAUCGAGAUCUAUAUCAGUAGUUCUAGUAAUACUAAAACUAAGACCUGCAUGCCGCGGGUCACAUCCGGCUAGUUCUAGAUCUAUAUAAAUCAAUGUCAAUGGUUAUCAUCACAGACCUAUAUAAACCAAUGAUUAUAAUGAUAAGGGAGAAAACAAAAAGUUUAUCUUCCGUUUUAGAUCUAGAUCUAACUAAUAAAAUAAAAUUCAAACAUUGCAAUUCUUUUCUUGUUUUUCUAGAUUCUAGAUCUAUAUUCAUAUAGAGUCUACUAUAGAUUACAUAUUACUAUUAGUAGUUACUAUAUGAGUAUAUUAUAAUAUAUUAAUAAGGCUUUUAAGCAAAACUCUAAAUAACUAAAUCUAAUUAGAUCUAGAAUGAUGAUUCUAGAGUCUACAUUUUUUAAACUAAUUAAACUCACAAAGUGUUACUCUGUUGACACUGUUGUACUGUUGCCAGUGUUGUCUGUAGUGUAGUCAGUGAAGUCAGUGUUAAACUUAAGACAAGUGUAGAAGAGUAGGACUGUUGUUACACUGUUUAGUCAAGUUUAGUGUUACUGUAGUGUAGUAACUCAGUAGUAUGACAGUAGUGUAUUGUAGAUCUAGUUUGCCUAAACUGUAAAAAGAGUAGAUCUAUUGUGUUCUAUUCUGCUAGUAGUACUAGCUGUAGCUAGAUCUUGAGGCUGAGGCCCAAUCUCAGACCAGGCCGACCAGGGACAAGGUGAAUGAUGGGACAGUGAGUCUGCUGUUCUUUAUCAUAUGACCAAAUCCAAUUCAACAAUAAUCAAUAUUUAAUAGUUCUGUAGAGAGUAUAUAGAUCUAGAGUCUAGAUAUUUAUAUCAUUCAAAAUGGGAAGAAAAGUCAUUGUUGCAGCUUGUUCUUUGAAUCAAUGGUCUAUGGAUUUUCUUGGAAAUAUGAAAAGAAUUAUUGAAAGUAUACAGAAAGCCAAAUCAAGUGGUGCCCGGUUUCGGGCUGGUCAAGAACUUGAAAUCAGUGGAUACAGCUGCAGUGACCACUUCUUUGAAAGUGACACCUUUCUUCAUUCCUGGGAGGUAUUGGCUAGAAUCAUCGCUCACCAAGACUGUCAAGACAUUCUAUGUUCUGUUGGAAUGCCAGUCAGACACAAAAAUGUCUCCUAUAACUGUCAAGUAUUUUUUCUAAACAAAAAAAUUCUACUGAUACGUCCCAAGAUUAUGUUGGCCAAUGAAGGUAACUACAGAGAGCAUCGAUGGUUUGUGGCAUGGACUAAACUGAAAGAGGUGGAAGAUCAUUUUCUACCUCGUAUGAUCUCUGACAUAACAGGACAGAGAUUAGUUCCUUUUGGUGAUGCUGUUAUUUCAACCUAUGAUACAUGCAUUGGGGCUGAAAUAUGUGAAGAAUUAUGGAAUCCCAUGUCACGUCAUAUUGAAAUGGCAUUGGACGGAGUAGAGAUUUUUGCAAAUGGCAGUGCAUCAUAUCAUGAAUUGCGUAAGAUGUACAUACGAGUUGAUUUGGUCAAGUCAGCAACUAUGAGGUCAGGUGGAGUUUAUUUGUUCUGUAAUGGUUUUGGCUGUGAUGGGGAACGUUGUUACUGGGACGGAGGUUCCAUGAUUGCUAUGAAUGGUGACAUAAUUGCUCAAGGUCCUCAGUUCUCUCUGGAGGAAGUGACUGUUGUAACAGCUACAGUAGACCUGGAAGAUGUGAGAUCUUAUAAACAAAAACUUGGUUCAAGAUCUCAGCUGGCAGCUUCUGUCAAAGCAUUCCCUCGAAUCUGUGCUGACUAUGCUCUAUCAGAGGGGGAUGAAUACAACUUGUUGGUCGACACUAAGCCUAUAGUGUUUAAACUUUUGUCACCAGAGGAAGAGAUAAGACUAGGUCCAGCUUGCUGGUUGUGGGACUAUUUAAGGCGGAGUGGUCAAGGUGGAUAUUUUCUUCCUCUAAGUGGAGGCAUUGACAGCUCCAGUAGUGCUUGUGUUGUAGCCUCCAUGUGUCAUUUGAUUUGUGAUGCUGUGGCUGCAGGAAACAGAAUUGUACUACAUGAUAUUCAAAGAAUCACUGGACAAACUGACUAUGUACCUAAAGAUCCUAAAGAAUUGGCUAGUCAUCUUUUUACUACUUGUUAUAUGGGCUCAGAAAAUAGUUCUUUAGAAACCAAAACUUAUGCAGCAGAACUAGCAGACCAAAUUGGCAGUUAUCAUAUUGGUAUAACUAUAGAUGUUGCAGUCAAAGCACUCCUAAGCAUUUUUUCAGCCGCCUGCUCUGUAAUGCCAAAGUUCAGGGCACACGGAGGAAGCCUGAGAGAGAAUCUGGCCAUGCAGAAUGUACAGGCCAGGGUGAGGAUGGUGUUGGCUUACCUUUUUGCACAGCUGAGUUUGUGGGCCAGAGGAAAGUCUGGAGGGCUUUUGGUUCUUGGAUCAGCAAAUGUGGAUGAAAGCUUAAGAGGAUAUUUAACUAAGUAUGAUUGUUCAAGUGCUGAUGUCAACCCAAUCGGUGGUAUCUCUAAAACAGAUUUAAGAAAGUUCAUUCAACACUGUGCUAAAUUUUUCAAGUUUACUGCCUUAGAAAAGAUCUAUAAGGCUCCUCCAACUGCAGAACUGGAACCUCUAGAAGAAGGGAGAAUAGCUCAGACUGAUGAGGAAGACAUGGGGAUGACUUAUGAUGAGCUGUCUGUCUAUGGCAAACUUAGAAAGCAAAAUUCAUGUGGACCUUAUAGCAUGUUCUGUAAAUUACUUCAUAUCAGUAGUAGUGAGUGCCCUCCAGAGCAAAUUGCAGAAAAGGUCAAACACUUCUUUAGAUCUUAUGCUGUAAAUCGUCACAAAAUGACAGUGCUGACACCAUCCUAUCACUGUGAAUCUUACAGUCCUGAUGACAACAGAUUUGACCAGAGACAAUUUCUUUACAAUGCUAAAUGGCUUUGGCAGUUUGCUCGGAUUGAUGCAGAAGUUCAGAAAGCCAAUAACGCUAUACACAGAAUUCAAUCAGACAUCAAAAAACCACUUGAAUAUAUAAAUUCACCCAUGGUCAAUUCUCCACAAGCAUUGAACAGUUUAGGCAGUUUGAAUCGUCAGAAUCUGCCCAAUUCAUCAGGUGUAGUAGUUAAUUCACCUGCUGACUGGAACACUUGUCGGAAAGUUCCAAUGUUGACGACAGCAAGGGUUGUCAAAAUAAAGGAAGAAGCUCAGUCUUCAUCCCAGCCAGUACAGACCAUGAACUACUCUGUCAUUGUCAAGGACUUACAACAAAAAAGGCCUGGGGACUAUUCUGUGCGAGAGGACAGCAUUGACAAGUAUGUGCGUUACUCUUAUCCAGGCAGGGGGAGAGGAAUGAAAAUGGAAAUGGAGCCAGGGAACCCAACAUGGUAGCACACAAACUGAUCAUCUACUCUCCACUCCAUGUUUGGUUUGAAUAGCAAUUUAGUCACAUUUUUGUCCCUGAUCAUUUCUAGAAUUAGAAGUGAAUACAUUGAUUCUGCAUAUUAGGCUUGCAACUGCUUUUGUGAUGGCCUUAAUGAUGUCAUUGGUCUUUGCUUUGUCACCAUGUCAUUGGUCAUUGCUUUGUCACCAUGUCAUUGGUCUUUGCUUUGUCACCAUGUCAUUCAUUUUUUUUUUAAGCUUCUAUCAUUUUGUGAUUUGUUUCGCAUUGGAGAUUUGAUAAUAUAAAAACAUUCUUUUUAUUGUAUUCUUUAUUUAGCUACAUACAAUUUUCUUUUCAAAUAUUUCUUUAUCAUAAGUUUAACCAAAACUAUAUCCUUUGUUUUCACUUAUAUUUAUCUUUUGAUCCUGUGUACAGUGUACAGAUUCUAUUGUUCACUCUUUGAGACAUGUCUCUUCUUGAAUUUGAUGUGAGUUUCUUUAAUCUGGAUCAUAACAAAUACAGUCAUCUUCAGAACUCCCCUAAUGCAUAAGAUAUUAGUGUCCUUUCAUUCUGUCUCAAGUAAUGCUUUCGGAAUAUGAGACCUAUUUCUUCUGCUCUUUCUCCUGCAUGUCUUCACUUCAGAGACAUUUGUUUUCAAUGUUAAACCCAUGAUCCAGUCCAGUCUUCUGAAUGUUAUUCCUUUCCAAGUUUUACUUCGUGUUGUUUUGUUUGAUAGCUUGCUUUGAUAGAAUCUAGUGAUGCUAGCCUAACUUUCCUCUUUUAUCCUUGACAGGCUCAGAGAGAUCCCCUUGAAGUAGUUCAGUGAUAUACAUAGAUGCUUCAUUAUCUUUUAAUAAAUAUAAGCAAAGAAAGAGAUGCAUUUAUUGAUAAGUAUUUCAUAUUGAGAGCACAAAGCUUUUGUUUUAUAUGUUACUGUUCAUUUGUUGACUUUGAUAUACAUUUGAUAGAUCUUAGCUAGUGAAGCUAUCUUGAGAAGAUCAAUGUCAUUGUUACCUAAAAGUAUUCUAUGAUUAGAGCUAAGUACAGUGAUGAUGAUGCCAGAUGUUAUUAAGAUAUAAACACCAUAAACACAGAUUGUUUAACUGGCAAUUAGUGGCAGCUUAUCACAACUUAUUUUCUCCAUAUAGAAUUCAGCAGUUUGUAAGUGUUCAUGCCUAAUGAUUCAGAAGAGUGUAAGCAAUCCUAGUUUCAUGGUAUGUUGGAUUCAUCUAUCCCAUGAUUCAAUAGAAUGUUAACACUUUUUUUGUUAUUAUUUUUUUGUCCUGAUAAAAAUGUACAAUGCUAUUUUGCAUCUGCACCUUGUGUGCAUUGAGUUUUUCCUUUGUUACCAUACAGUUUAUAGUUUUAGUUUACAUUUUUUUUUAUGGAAUCGUUACAUUUAUAUUUGGUUUUAAAUCAAAUGUUUGAUUUUUCAUAAUAUUAUUCAUCUUCUAUGUACACACAGUAGUUUUUACAAUUAUGUUUUAAUCUUUUGAAACUUCUUUAUAAGGCUUUGAGUUGAGAAAGUACAUCCACAUGGCUUCAUCUCUUACUUUGAGGGAGUUUAUUUAUAAAACUUGAGAAUUGAAGUCUUGUAGAUGAUACAAGUAUUUUAAUGGAUGAUAUUAUAAGAUAAUAUCAUAGAUACCUAUCAUUUGUAUUAAGAUACUGUUGAUAUUAUAAAUAGUCAUUUACUUUUAUACUGCCAUGUUUAAAUGAGCCUAUAGCUGACCUCAUCCAAUUAGUUGUUUGACUACCACCAAAUCUACCGUCUCAUUCUCCCAUGUUAGCUAUUUGAGAACUAUUACACAACUAACAGUACGUCCUAUUCCUUAUCAGACAUUGUAUUCUCAUUAAUUAGGGGAUGUCUGGAAGCAGAAAUAGAUGCUUGGAAUGUGUGACCAGGAACUGCAACAAAUAGUGACAUAGUCUGUGUGAAAGGGAUUAUUAGACCUCUUAAAUUGUUACUUCUCUUGGUUAGCUCCAUUACCUUGUGCAUUUACUGGGCUCUGUGUACAAGAAAUCACACAUUUAAGAUACAAGUAUUCUUUAGGUUUAGUAGUGAUUGUUACAUGAAAGGUUCAUUCACUUUUGUGUGUACUUUAGUGGAGUUAAUAAAUCUUGUUGGGCCUGUGGUGAAAUUAAACUCUAUAUCCAAACCUCAGCUGUCUUUCAGUUGUAACCAAACAUGGGAAAGGCAAUGAAGAAACAUCAGGAAAAGCAGCUUCUUUCUGACAAGAACCUGGGACUCUGCUGAUCCCAAACCUGUCAGUUAUUUCCCUUUCCUUUGGAUCUUUGUGGAGAGUUAAUGCACUGGCUUUUAUCUUGUAUGAGAUGAACAACUAAAGGCGUCCUCCACAUUGUGAAAUGAUUGUGUCAUAUUGUUUGAGCUAGUUGUCCUUUAAUUUGCCAUUGGUCAGUUGUAGUAAAUCAUAUUGUGUACCUGCAUUCUACUAAUGAAUGUAAAGAUGGAAAAGCUGUGGAAGUUGAUUUUUUAGUAUUACUUUUUUUAAGUUAAGUUAGUCAUUAUUGAUUUUUUGUUUCUUAGGUGUGUGUGGAAGCGAACUUUGAGAAAUGCAUUCCUAAGAUUUGCAUUAUAUUUUACAUGAGGUCAUAGAAGUUAUUUCUAAGAAACAUUUAAAUUGGAAACUUUUAUUAGUUAAUUCUGUAUCAAAUGGCUGCAUUAAAAUGUUUUAUAAUUUCUGGUCAUUUCUUAAAAAAAACCAGUUCUUUGAAAUAAAAUAUAGAUAUGAAAGUAAACCACAAGAAAAAACUAUUAAUUAUCAUUUUAUUUUAGUUUCUUGUGUACAUUUUUGUGAGUUAUCAUAUUGCAAAAUGUAGACAAUGUGAAAUUAACUUUUAUCCAAGCUUCUUUUUUCUUCAAUAUCAAAUUUUAGUGUUUUUUUUUAUAUUUUCUUUUGAGUGUUACUUGUUUUAUCAAAGAGUUUUUAUAUUACCUUUGUGGGUUUUUUUUAGAUAUAUUUGCAACUGAGUCUAGGUUUACUAAGGUAUUAAGUUUACAUAUCUGUCUUUUUAUUCCCAUCGUGUCACCUGUUAGGUCUGACAUAAAAAAGUUAAUGGACACAUUUGAAGGAAUUUGUAAUCAGAUCAUCUACCCCCUGGUAUUCCACUUUAUUCUAUCUUUUAUAGUUAUCUAUGUUCAUUGUUUUGUUUUACUAUAUAUACAUGUAUAUAUAUAUAUAUAUAUAUGACAUGAAACAAUAUUGUUCACAAAAAUAAACACAAAUUAGAAACAA